CACUUAGAAGUUAAAAUAAUAUAAAUAAGUCUAAUCUUUAAAAAGUAAAACCAUGAUAUUUUUUUUGUGUGAAAAUUCUUAGUCCUCUAAUUAGACCCUACCUGCCUCAGAUCUAUUGUAAUAAUAAUUAUCUUCUUUUCUUUCGCAACCUCCAACUACCAACUCUCUUCUUUCUGCUCCGGCCGCCGCACCGAUAUUAGAAAACUUUGAAGCUAUUUAUUAUUGUGUUUGAGUGUUAUGGCGCGGACGAUGGAGUGGGCGGCGAGGGCGGAGCACUUGGGAGGAGUGCCUCGGAAGCUGGUGAUAGGCGCAGUUGGCGCAUUCGCCAAAACGGUGUCGUGUCUUAUGAACAGAACCACCGUUCACAACGCCGACACUCUCUUCCGCCUCGUUCGUUCUAGAACCCCCGGCGUCCCCUUAAUCACCGUCAGCAACCACAUGUCCACGUUGGAUGAUCCGGCUAUGUGGGGAUUCAGGGGCUUUCCCAUCUUUAAUACCAAGUUAGCUCGAUGGGUGCUAACUGCUGAAGAUAUAUGCUUUAAGAAUGCUGUGCAUUCAUAUAUUUUUCGGGUUGGGAAAUGCAUACCUAUUACAAGAGGUGGUGGAAUUUAUCAAGAGCACAUGAAUGAAGCUCUUGAGCGCUUAAAUGAUGGAGAAUGGGUGCAUACAUUUCCAGAAGGAAAAGUGUACCAAGACGAUGCACCAAUUAGGCGAUUAAAAUGGGGGACUGCUAGUCUAAUUGUCCGUGCACCAAAAACUCCAAUUAUAUUGCCAAUUGUCCAUCAUGGUUUUCAAGAGGUGAUGCCAGAGAAUUAUAUGUUUGGUAGACGGCCUCCUGUACCAUUGUGUAAUAAGAAAAUUGACAUAAUUAUUGGUGAUCCGGUUCAAUUUGACCUUCCAGCAAUGAGGCAAACGGCUAUUUCCGAGUCUCGCAAUGCAAAAUUUCCUACUAGUGGGUGGCCCAGCACUCCAGAUGGUCUGGAUGAAGCAGCGCAGAAAUGUCUCUACUCUGCAAUUUCAGAGCAAAUCCGCGCUGCCAUGGACCGACUAAGGAGUUUUCGUAAAAAAAUUCUCAAGUCAUAGGUUUAAACCUAUCUAAGCUCAGUUAGAUCUUGAGUUUAUAACAUUUGUAUGAUUGUGUGUUUGUAGUUGAUGAUUUUGUAGGACUAUUUUACUUAGAAUUCCUAAAUGAAGUACCAUAUAUACAAGUUCAUAGGGGGAGGUGGGUUACCUUCCAUGCACAGCCCAAAAUUAGAUGGGCUAACAAAUAUUUCAAAAAGCAAUUCUUUGAGACAAGAAAAAAUGUCGAUCUUUUGCAAUUUUGUAGUGUUGUCAACUUGUCAUGUCAUGUGACGUAGGAGAGGUUGAAAUAAACAGCUGGAAGCCUGGAACAAGCAUUCUAGGAAGGCUCUGGUAAUUCAAGUGGGGACCUCAUUCUUCAUUUCUUUAAUCCUUUAUGUAUAAUGCACAAGAUCCUAAUCCAUGCUUUAAUGUAUUGUGCAAUAUCUAUGUUUAUUUGUCCGUGUGGUUCAGGUCCUAUAUAGUUUGCACCAUUGUUUUGUGUUCCAGCUCAUCCCUCACUUUUUUUGCUGGUAAGUUUUGCAGCAUAGAGAGAAUCAUCAUCCUCUGCUUGUGAGAAAAACUCAAAUUAUUGUUAGCUUAAGCGAAGGAUUACAGAUAUUAGGCUCUGAAAAUCCAAUAUUUAAUGGCCCCAUUUGCAAAAAGGUAAACUUGCAGCCAAGAAUUUAUGCAGUGCUUUUGUACAGUUUAAUAAUUGAGUUGUAUGGUAUUAAAAAAGUUUUUAUGUGUAAUUAUCACAAUCCUUACAGUACAAGUUAGGAGUGUGUUCUAAUUUACACCAUGUGGUAUAGCCCGUGAUUUGACAUGAAGAAAUGCAUAUUGUGCAUAAAACAAUUAUGUUGCCAUUAUUUUGUAUAAAGUAAUCUAGUGAUCUUUUGAUAAUAAAAGGAGUUGAUGU